UUACAAGAGAGAUAAUAAGACAACCUAAUCAGAGAGAGAUGGGGAGGUCGCCUUGUUGCGACGAGAAUGGUCUAAAGAAAGGGCCAUGGACUCCUGAAGAAGAUCAAAAGCUUAUUGAUUACAUUCAUAAACAUGGUCAUGGAAGCUGGAGAGCUCUCCCCAAGCUCGCAGAUUUGAAUAGGUGUGGAAAGAGUUGUAGACUGAGGUGGACAAAUUAUUUGAGACCAGACAUCAAAAGAGGAAAGUUUUCAGCCGAAGAAGAGCAAACAAUCCUCCAUCUCCACUCCAUUCUCGGGAAUAAAUGGUCAGCUAUUGCGACGCAUUUGCAAGGUCGUACAGAUAAUGAGAUAAAAAACUUUUGGAACACACAUCUAAAGAAGAAAUUGAUCCAGAUGGGGAUCGAUCCUGUGACUCAUCAGCCAAGAACCGACCUCUUCGCAAGUUUACCUCAGCUCAUAGCCUUGGCAAAUCUAAAAGACCUAAUCGAACAAACAUCACAAUUCUCAUCCAUGCAAGGCGAAGCAGCCCAACUAGCCAAUCUACAAUAUCUCCAACGUAUGUUUAAUUCUUCGGCUUCAUUAACCAACAACAACGGCAACAAUUUUAGCCCGAGUAGUAUUCUCGAUAUCGAUCAGCACCAUGCCAUGAACCUCUUAAACUCCAUGGUCUCUUGGAACAAAGAUCAAAACCCCGCUUUUGAUCCGGUUCUUGAACUCGAGGCUAACGAUCAAAAUCAAGAUUUAUUUCCACUAGGGUUUAUCAUUGAUCAACCCACCCAACCACUCCAACAACAAAAAUACCAUUUAAACAAUAGUCCUAGUGAGCUACCAUCGCAAGGUGACCCACUUCUUGAUCAUGUCCCUUUCAGUCUCCAAACACCUUUGAAUAGUGAGGAUCACUUUAUAGAUAAUUUGGUCAAACAUCCAACUGAUCAUGAGCAUGAACAUGAUGACAAUCCAUCUUCAUGGGUUCUCCCUUCUCUUAUAGACAAUAACCCUAAAACUGUCACGUCUUCUCUUCCACACAACAAUCCGGCGGAUGCAAGUAGCAGCUCAAGCUAUGGAGGUUGUGAAGCUGCGUCGUUUUAUUGGCCUGACAUUUGCUUCGACGAAAGCCUCAUGAACGUUAUAUCUUAGUUACUCUUGGUUUAGUGUUUUUUUUUUAGAUCUCUGUUAUUUUAUACAAGUUUUUUAUUUGGUGUUGGUGUUUUGUAAGUAGAAAAGGUGCGAAUGUGUGAUCCGUUUAUCCCUUUAUGUAAUUAAACAGGAGAUCUCUGUGAUCCGUUAGUCUUUUGUUUAUUUUUUAUCUUUACCUUGUUUUGUAUUGUUGAGAUGUUAUUGCAUUGUUACUAAAGUUUACAGAACUAAAUCACCUUGUU